AAAUGGCAAACACAGCCCGGCGCUGUCGUCAUCUGUGCCUUCUCUUCCAUCAGCUGCCGCAGUUUCAGUUGCAGUUGGAGUUGCAGUUGCCACCACCACCACCACCACCAGCAGCAGCAGCAGCACCACCACCAUCGCCACCCAUUGGAAGCUGCUGCGACAGCUGCCCUGCGCCGUAUUAGAGCAGCUGCACAAUGCCAAGUGCCCACUAUCAACCACUCGAGCUGCGCGCCGAUCACGACCACAACGACGACGACGACGACGUCGUCGACCUCAUCGAACAUCUCGACGCGGAGCAUCACGAGCGCUGGACAAGCGAAACGGGCGUGCAGUCACAGUCCAACGGACGGAUACGCUACCAUCCCCAGCUGGCUGACGAAUUGCCAUCGAUGGGUGGCAGCAUGGCGGCGUCACGUUACGGCCGUGCCGGCAACUCCGGCUUCCGGCGUUUUGUAUAUAUCAUGUUGAUCCUGUUGCCCGUCUGUUUUCUGAUCUACUUUGUGAUCAGUCCACAGUCGCAAGACUCGGAGGAUGCCGACGGAGACGUCGACCCGCAUAACGGCAUAGGUAAGCGGCGGCACAUAAAACUAAGCUUAACGACGACGCGGCUGACGACAGCUGACUAUCAUCCAUUCCACGCGACCAUAAUAGCAAGCAAGAGCACGCAUGGAAGCAUACGGAGUAUGAUGGGGCAUGCUCUGAAUGAAUCGCUGCACAUCUGCAGCGAGAGCCAUGAGGAUCGUCGCCUCUAUAUAGGAGAUAAGCCGCGUAGUGCCUACGCACAGCUGCCUGUGAUCUAUUUCGUAACGCCAACAUAUCCCAGACGCGAGCAAAUACCCGAACUGACUCGGCUCGCGUAUACCCUGCUGCAUGUGCCUAGACUCCAUUGGCUGGUGGCCAAUGAUCGGGAGGGAUGUGAUACGUUUCUGGAUGCGCAAAUUAAUGGAUUUGGUAUUCCCUACACUCAUAUGGCCAGUCCCAUGCCCAGUGAGUUUCGCAAGGCGAAGCCAGCGCCGCGGGGCGUGGCCAAUCGGCGUGCAGCUCUCCAAUGGCUGCAUCAGCAUAACCUAACCAACGGUGUGCUCUACUUUGGGGACGAUGACAAUACGUACGAUCUAAGAUUAUUCUCAGAAAUUAGGCACACCCAGCGUGUCUCCAUGUUUCCCGUUGGACUGAUAGCGGAAUAUGCAAUCAGUGGGCCGGUAGUGCGAGAGGGCAAAGUUGUGGCCUUUCUGGACUCUUGGGUGGCGGGUCGACGCUGGCCUGUCGACAUGGCUGGCUUCGCUGUGAGUCUGUCGUAUAUGGCGCAGUAUCCGAAUGUCAAUAUGCCCUACAAGCCGGGCUAUGAGGAGGAUUUGUUUUUACGUAGCAUUGGACUACACAUCGAUCAGAUCGAACCGCGAGGCAACAACUGCACCGAGAUCCUUGUCUGGCAUACGCAGACGAAAAACAAAAAAUCCGCUGUGGUGCGUCUGGAGAACAGAUACAUGGAUGAACGUUCCAAUUUGGGUGCACUCUUUCGAUUACUUGAGCAAAUGGGCGUGGCAAGAGCCUCGGAGAGCGAAGGCCUCGUUGCAACGAUCAGUAAAAAUGGCAAGAGUAAAAGCCACGCAUAUUUCCUGAGCUGAGCUCCCACAGCGGAAGCUCUCAGAGCCUAAGCCAACUUUUCAACCGUCGUACUAUAAAGAUCUAAGAAUACUCAUAGCUAUAAAAAAAAUUUUCUGUUCAAUAUUGUUAGAAUUUGUUCAAAUUAGAGACUAUAUACAUAUAUAAGCAGGAAAAAGCACAAUUUGUAAAAGCCUAGAUUAAAAAUGAUUUCCAUUGUA